AGGGGGCUAGUACGUACCUAAGUACCUUCCAGGUACCCACCCCCAAAAUGCAGGGCGGUGACACUAAAUAGUGGGGCUAUCUGCAAAGCUACUGUGGGACAAGAAAAAAAAAAGUUGAUUUCUUUUCCGCGAUGGAAAUUCUGCCGAAUAAAAUUAAUUACUGAAGCAUCAUGCCUCCAAGACGCCCAAUAGAUACAAUGGACGACGGCGACGACCAUACGUCAUCCUCUGACCAAGAGGAAUCCGACCUUACGAGCGAUGAGGAAACUACGGUACGAACGCGAAGAGCGCAACCCAUUGACAAGGAUUCCGACGAAGAGGAACUCGAACGAUUCGUGUUGGGAGACACGGCUAAUUUCCGAGAAAAUUUGUUCUUGGACGAGUCCAGGGCCGAUGAAGAAGAUGAUCGUUUUGGUGCAUUCAGCGAAGAAGAAAAUGAGCCUGGGACUGGUUUAGAGGAAGUGGAUGAUGCGGAUCUCUUCACCUUUGACGUAGGAGGUCCUGCAACAGCUGGAGGCAAAGAGCUCGUAGUGGCACCGGUCGCAAAGAGCAAGGAAAUAGCCCCCAAAGAUCUGCCAGCUUGGGAAGAUAGCGACGACGAACGAUUGACUAUAUCAUUGGCGGAUGCGACUCAGCUACGAAAGCUCAGAAUUAGCGAAGGAGAGGACAUAAUAAGUGGUACCGAAUAUACAAGGAGGCUGCGGCAACAAUACUUGCGACUCAACCCUCUCCCCGAGUGGGCGCAAAAUACUGAUGAACCGCCGGCGAAGCGUCGACGACGAUCGUCUGCAGCAGAAAACGAUUCGGAUAUUUCAGAAGAUGAAGGUACUCAAGCAUCUGCGCUUCCGUUGGAUAAGUUCCUCCGUGACGCUAGUACUUUGAGAGAAUCUAAAUCUUCGAGGGCGAAAACGCUUCGUCCAGAGGUCAUUGACAUCCAAAGAUCACGAGACAUACCUGACACACACAAAGACGAAGUUACAUCUAUCGCAUUCCAUCCAGAGUAUCCUGUUCUACUAUCUUCUAGCACAUCCUCAAUAUUGCACCUACAUCAUAUCGCACCAACCGCUCACCCGACGCCAAACCCAAUGUUGACGUCGGUCCAAGUCAAACAAGUACCCAUCCGCAGGGCUGAAUUCUUAUAUCCCACCGGCGACAAAAUCUUCUUUGCUGGGCGGCGACGAUAUAUCCACUCAUGGGACUUGGCGACAGGAACAAUACAAAAAACGAACAAAAUACAGGGUCAUCGAUCAGAACAGAAAACUUUUGAGCGCUUCAAGUUAAGCCCCUGUGGACAAUACCUGGGAUUGAUUGCAUCGACAAGAAAAGGUGGUGGUGUCAUCAAUAUCCUGAAUGCUAAUACCAUGCAAUGGAUUGCGGCGGCUAGACUGGACAGUAGAGGCGGCAUAGCAGACUUCUCUUGGUGGAAGAAUGGCAAUGGUCUCACAAUCCUAGGCAGGGGUGGUCAGGUUGGUGAGUGGAGUAUGGCUUCGAGGCGUUUCUUGGCGGUAUGGAAUGACGAAGGCUCCAAUGGCGGAACAGUGAUGGCGCUAGGAGGCAGCAAUGGUCCCGAUAUUCUCGGUGAGGAUCGAUGGAUAGCUAUUGGUUCGAACAGUGGGGUAACGAACAUUUACGAUCGACAGGCGUUGAUGUUGCCUUCCUCAGACGAGGAGGUGGAAAUUAAGGAACGACCAGAGCCGACCCGGAGAUUCAUGCAGCUUACCACACCAGUCACAGUCCUCACAUUCAGCCCCGACGGCCAAUUGCUAGCGUUUGGUAGCAAACAUAAGAAAGACUCUCUGAGACUAGCACACCUCCCAAGUUGCACCGUGUACAGGAAUUGGCCGACGGAGCAGACGCCACUUGGACGAAUCUCCGAUGUGGCGUUUGGGAGGAAGAGUGAUUUGCUGGCUGUUGGUAAUGAUGCAGGGAAGAUUAGAUUGUGGGAAAUUCGAAAUUAGGCAGAUCAAGGGAUGUCAAUCCUCGCAAAUAAAUACCGCACUAUUCGCGACUACUUAUCCAAUACAUCGAAGUGGGCUACCCUUCGGUAGCAAGCUCCGGGGGUAGAAUUUUCUAGUCUGCCUUGUGUAUCUGCGGAGU